CCGUAAACGUCCGAUUGUUAGAAAAAUACUCCGCUUGAACCAAGCUUGAACAGAGUUACUAGUUACUAGCGACUACCCCCAGCAUCGUCCGACAUGGCUUCCUAUGCCGUCAGGAAAUCCUUGAACCUCGCACCGACGGUGCGCGCGCUCCCAAGCGGAAUUCCGAGCGCACCACGUCUCAACCUAGCGACACGAGCACCUUCGGACGGCCAUGGUCAUGGUCAUGGUGCGGCAGGUCCCCGUGCUGACGUCCCCACUCGUCUGACUGGAACCGUCACGAGCCCUUCAGUCGGUCUAGUUUCCAAGACAUUCGUCGCUCCUCCCCCCACAACACACCUCCACCAGCGCCUCAUUCACACCUCCGUUGCAGUGAAAGAUGCUCCUCAAGUACCUGAUUUCAGCCCCUACCGCACGAAAGACGAGAACACCAACCGCGCCAUGUCGUACUUCAUGGUCGGCUCCCUCGGCGUCCUCUCCGCUUCUGUCGCCCAGUCCACUAUUACUGGCUUCCUGGAGACCAUGGCUGCAUCGGCUGAUGUCCUUGCUCUCGCGAAGACCGAGGUGCAACUUGCCAGCAUCCCAGAGGGCAAGAAUGUCAUCAUCAAAUGGCGUGGAAAACCUGUGUUCAUCCGCCACAGGACCCCUGAUGAGAUAGAAGAGGCACGGAGUGUCGAUUUGAAGGGACUCAGGGACCCUCAAAGGGACGAGGACCGGGUGAAGAAGCCCGAAUGGCUGGUCAUGCUUGGUGUCUGCACACACCUGGGUUGUGUCCCAAUUGGCGAGUCAGGCGACUACGGAGGAUGGUUUUGUCCAUGUCACGGUUCUCACUACGAUAUUUCUGGUCGUGCCCGCAAGGGACCUGCUCCGCUUAAUCUAGAGAUUCCCCCCUACGACUUCAAUGAAGCUGAAGGAAAGCUCGUUGUUGGCUGAGAUUAAGUUAACCUGCAGUUGCGUCUCAUCAAGAUUUGUGCUACAGUCAUGGCUGAGGGGUUCCGAGUAUUAUAACUGAUAACAGAUAGACAUAUGCAUAAAUUUCGGUACAGUCAUGGCUGAGGGGUUCCGAGUAUUAUAAGUGGUAACAGAUAGAUAUGCAUAGAUUUCGGUACAGU